AUGAGCUCCGAACGUUCGCCGCUCCUUGGAGAGCAGCAAAACCACGAUGAAGUCGCUUCGAUAGAAAGAGGUCAAUUACCGGAUGCAGAACGCGAUGAAGACACGGACCAACCAACCAGCUGGACAAAACAGGACAAGAUCAAGUUCUCGCUCUUCACUAUCUUUAUCGUUAUCUCUUUUACGGUGACAUUCGUGGCCGUUCGGAAAUCAAGCAAUGCCAGUUUUGACUGGAGAAAUGCACUCAAGCAAGCUCUAGGCGGUGGAAUUACAGGAGCAACAGAGCUCGCAGCGAUGCUCUUGCAGGUCCUGACCUUGAUGCCAUUGCGGACAAUCAUGAACGUUCAAUAUAGGUAUGGCCACGGCUUGCGGCAAGUUACGACGUCGCUGUACCGGGAGGGUGGCUUCGCUCGAUACUAUAGCGGUCUCGGCGCUGCUUUGUUCCAAGCUCCUAUCGCUCGCUUUGGGGAUGCGGCAUCCAACGUCGGAGCAUUUGCUCUGCUCGACUCCAAUCCAACCACGCGCAACUUGCCGUCGCUUGCGAAAACAUUUUUCGCCGCAAUCAUCGCUGGCUCUUUUCGCAUGGUCCUCACACCAAUCGAUACACUCAAGACGACCCUGCAAACCCAAGGCCGACAAGGCGUCCCAAUACUCAGGAACAGAAUCCGAAAGCAUGGUAUUGGAACUCUCUGGUACGGAGCCUUGGCUAAUCUUGCCGCGACUAUCAUCGGGUACUUCCCUUGGUGGGGGACGUAUAACUACCUUCGAGAUCACCUCCCAGAGUACGAUGACUUUAAACGGCAGCUCUUGCGGCAAGCGCUUAUUGGAUUUGUCUCCUCGGUUGUAUCGGACACAAUUUCCAACUUUAUGCGGGUUUUGAAGACCUACAGACAAGUAAAUGCGACAAAGAUAUCCUAUCGUGCUGCCGCGAGAGCGGUCGUCCGCGCAGAUGGAUGGAGUGGCUUAUUCGGACGUGGUUUGAAGACACGUAUACUGGCCAAUGGGCUACAGGGUUUAAUGUUUGCCGUCUUGUGGAAACUUCUUUUGGAUUUAUGGAAUCGUCACAUAUAG